AUGAACGCCGCGCAGGUGCUGGACGACGAGGUCCCGGCGGCGUACAGGCGUCUCGUGCAGCCGCACGUCGAGUCGUUCAAUUACUUUCUGCGGGAGGGGCUGAGCAGCGUGGUGGAGGGGGUGCGGCCGGUGGAGAUCCGGCACCCUGUGACCCAAAAGAUUCACAGCUUCUGGUUUGGAAACCCCAUCAUCGGCCAGCCCAUCAAGACCGAAGCAACAGUUGGCAAAGAACAGCGGCUGUUUCCAAGGGAAUGCAGGCAGUCGAAAAAAUCAUAUGUGGCGGCAUUAAACGUGGAUUUUAUGUAUGGAGUGCAAGGGGCUGAGCCACGCAGGCUGCACAUAUGUUUAGGCCAACUUCCAGUCAUGGUUGGCAGCACAGCAUGCAAUCUUCGUGGCAUGUCGAAAUCUCAGCUGGUGAGACUACAGGAAGAGGCCAACGAUGCCGGUGGCUAUUUUGUAGUUGGAGGGCUGGAAAAGAUCGUUAGGAUGUUAGUAAUGCAGCGUCGGCACUACAUAAUGGCACUGGAGCGCAGUUCGUUUCUAAAACGAGGUGCCGGCUACACCAACAAAGCCACAUUGAUAAGGUGUGUUCGUGAAGAUGAGUAUGGCAGCACCAUCACAUGCUAUUAUCUGGAAGACGGUACUGUAAAUGUGGGAGUAGUGGUGCGAGGGAUCGAGUUUUUUAUCCCUGCAGGCAUAUUGCUCAAGUGCUUUAUGGAGGUGUCCGACAAAGAACUGUACGCCCAGAUCGCUUCUGCAGAUCUCGAUGACAAGGAUGGUGACAGUGGUGUCAGGGCCCAUGGCCAUUCCACUUUUGUUGCUGACAGGACGGAAAUGCUGUUGAGACAGGCUGCAAGAGCUGGGCUGUUGACAAGGUCACAGUGUGUGGGGCACAUCGGCAGCCAUUUCCGCAGCAGCAUGGGGUUGCCCGAAUGGUACACAGACCAUGAGGCGGGACUUCUGUUCCUUGAGGAUUACAUGUUUGUGCACCUUGACAAUGGAGAGGACAAGAUGAACCUCCUCAUACUUAUGAUUCAGAAGCUCUAUGCACUUGUGCAUGGAGACUGCUGCGUGGACAACGGCGACGCCUUGUCCUCUCAGGAGGCCCUGCUCCCUGGGCAUUUCUUCAUGAAGGUCAUGCGAGAGCUGCUAAUAAACUGGCUGGAAUUCUUCCGAACGAAAGUGCAGCGAGACAUUGAGAAGAAUCCAGAGGGCGUGGACCUCACGGAUGCUGUUAGCCUGAAAAAGAUUACUUGGAAGAUAUUUGACGUCGGAAAGAGGGUUGACAACAUUUUGAAGGUUGGCACUUUCGUACCAAAGUCUUUCCGAGACCUGGGCCAGAUCACUGGCUUCACGGUUAUGGCGGAGAGAAUCAACUAUUGCCGCUACCUUGCUCACUUCCGGGCCAUCCAUCGCGGUGCGCCCUUUGUCGAAAUGAGGGUGACCACCGUGCGGCGGCUGCUGCCGGAGUCCUGGGGAUUCCUGUGUCCCGUUCACACGCCUGAUGGCACGCCAUGUGGGCUGCUGAAUCACCUUACGUCAUCUUGCCUCAUCGCCACUGGUCAUGCGGAGGCGAUUGCCGAUGCGAACACCGCCAUAUGUGCAGUCCUAGCCGGCCUCGGCAUGGUACCAGCCCAGCCGAGAACGCUGAAGGCCAGCGUUCCCAAAUACUUGCCGGUCGUUGUGGACGGCCGCCUGGCUGGCCACGUGUUGACCAUUGUGGCCCCAAAGGUGGUGCAAAG